AUGGAAGAUCAAAAAGCCGAGCAGGAGAAAACAAGGAAAGAUAUUGAGGAGUUGCGAGAAAAGCUAGAUGYCAUCYUCCUCGYGUUGGAAAAAGGCAAAGCGACUGCAGAUCCUGCUACAUCUAGCAACCCUAUCCAUGAGCCGCAAGAAACYCCGCCUUAUCCACCUGGGUACGGUCCACCUCUUAGGCCAGUGGCAGAGGGUUUCAUGCCACAAUAUACAACGUACAACCCUCUGUAUGACGUCCCGAUUGGUCAGUAUCCGCAUACCUUUGUUAAGGGAGCUCAGCAAAUCCCAACCAACAUCAUUUUUCGAGAGCCCGAGCAAAUGAUGUCACCCCCUACAGUYSUUAACCUAGGUGGUYUCCCAGCCAAGACAGACCCAGUCRGACAAAAUGCUYCCAGUAAMGAGAAGUUMGAAGUUCUGGAGGAAAGAUUAAGAGCAAUAGAGGGGACAGACGUUUUUGGCAACAUCGAUGCCUCACAAUUAUGCUUGGUGUCUGGAUUAGUCAUCCCUCCAAAAUUCAAGGUGCCAGAGUUUGAGAAGUACGAUGGUUCUUCUUGUCCUAAGAAUCAUCUUAUAAUGUACUGUAGGAAGAUGGYAGCGUACGUCCAAAAUKACAAAUUGUUGAUACACUGCUUUCAAGAUAGUUUAUVUGGUCYGGCCUCUCGUUGGUACAUGCAGUUAGAUAGCUCUCAUGUUGGCUCGUGGAAGAAUCUGGCCGACUCCUUCCUAAAACAAUAUAAGCAUAACAUAGACAUGGCUCCAGAUCGCUUAGAUUUACAGAGGAUGGAGAAGAAUAGUACAGAGAGCUUUAAGGAGUAUGCUCAAAGGUGGAGGGACACGGCAGCUCAAGUCCAACCUCCUUUAACAGAUAAGGAGCUAUCUGCCAUGUUCAUCAAUACCCUAAAACAUCCUUUCUAUGAUCGGAUGAUAGGAAGUGCUUCCACAAAUUUCUCUGAUAUUAUGACCAUCGGAGAAAGGAUCGAAUACGGGGUUAGACAUAAGCGAAUAACCAGUACUGCCGAUGAGCCAUUAGCUGCAAAGAAGGCAAGUCAUUCCAAGAAGAAGGAAGGUGAGCUGACGCCUGUACCUGUAGAUCCGAUCCAGCCUCUAUACCCAAGAUGGUAUGAUGCAAAUGCUCGUUGUGACUAUCACGCAGGAGCCAUAGGGCAUUCAACAGAGAACUGCACUGCAUUAAAAUACAGGGUUCAAGCUUUGCUCAAGGCAGGUUGGUUGAACUUUAAAAAAGAAAAUGAGCCUGAUGUAAGUAAGAAUCCACUGUCGAAUCAUCAAAAUGUCCAAAUAAAUGCAAUCGAAUGCCAAGGGAUCGAGUCGAAGAGUAAGGUUGCCGAUAUUAGAACCCCUAAGGAGGAACUAUUCGAAAUUCUCUUGGGUAGUGGAUAUGUAUCAGUGGAAUACCUAUGCCCAAACCUCAAGUAUAAAGAGUAUGAUGAAAGUCUGACGUGCCCGUUCCACGCUGGGGCAAAAGGUCACUCCCUAGAGCAAUGCAACAGUUUUCGGAUGAAAGUUCAAGAGUUGUUAGACUCAAAAAUCCUUACUGUUGCAAAUUCUCACCAGAAGAAAGGGAUAAAUGUCGUGGAGGAUGUCUCAGUUGCUGAAGGCUCAAGUGAUGCUCUUAAGCCAAAACGUCUCACCAUCUUUUACAGUGAAAAGCCAGAUGCACCCAGCUGCAGUCAGAAACCAAUCACUAUCACGGUCCCAGCUCCUUUCGAGUAUAAAAGUUCCAAAGCAGUGCCUUGGAAAUAUCAGUGCAAGGUAACUGUAGGGCAAGAUGUAUCAUCUCCUCCACUCCCAGUUGACAAUAUUACCGAAGUGGGAGACUUGGGAUCACAAGCCGAAGCCAAAGAGAUUAAAAUAGGCACUCAUAUGUCUUCAGAGAGUCGCAAAAAGUUGAUAGAGUUACUUCAUGAGUAUGCUGAUGUUUUUGCUUGGUCCUAUCAGGAUAUGCCUGGUUUAGAUACAGACAUCGUAGUGCACAAAUUGUCGAUCAACCCAGAGUUCAAGCCGGUGAGACAGAAGUUAUGGAAAAUGAGGCCAGAUAUGUUGAUCAAGAUAAAGGAUGAAGUAAGGAAGCAAAUCGAUGCAGGGUUCCUUACGGUAUCUAAUUACCCUGAGUGGGUGGCAAACAUUGUCCCCGUACCAAAGAAAAAUGGACAAGUAAGAAUGUGUGUUGAUUAUAGAGACUUGAAUCGUGCAAGUCCAAAAGACAACUUCCCGCUUCCUCAUAUCGAUGUGCUGGUUGAUAAUACUGCUGGGUUCUCAACCUUCUCCUUUAUGGGUGGGUUCUCAGGCUAAAAUUAGAUCAAGAUGGCACCUGAGGAUCGUGAAAAAACCACAUUCAUUACGCUAUGGGGAACUUUCUGCUACAAAGUUAUGCCAUUUGGGCUAAAAAAUGUUGGGGCAACCUACCAGCGUGCCAUGGUUACUCUCUUUCAUGACUUGAUGCACAAAGAAAUUGAAGUUUACGUGGAUGAUAUGAUUGCCAAGUCAAAACAGGGCGAGGAGCACACAACUAUUUUAAGGAAGUUGUUUGAUCGAUUGAGGAAGUUCAAAUUGAAACUCAAUCCCAACAAAUGCAUAUUUGGGGCAACCACUGGAAAACUCCUUGGUUUUGUAGUAAGCCAAGAAGGCAUUAAAGUUGACCCGGAUAAAGUCAAAGCAAUCUUAGAGAUGCCACCUCCACAGACGCAGAAAGAAGUCAGAGGAUUUCUAGGACGACUCAACUACAUCGCAAGGUUCAUAUCUCACUUAACAGCAACUUGCGAACCCAUCUUUAAAUUGCUCCGCAAGAACAACGAUGGGGUAUGGAGUGAAGAUUGUCAAGCAGCAUUCAAUAAGAUUAAGCAGUAUUUGCAAGACCCUCCAAUUCUUGUGCCACCAACUCCAGGACGACCCCUUAUUUUGUAUCUCACAGUGACUGAAAACUCAAUGGGAUGUGUACUGGGGCAGCAUGAUGAUUCAGGCAGGAAAGAACAGGCUAUAUAUUAUUUAAGUAAGAAGUUCACUGAUUGCGAGACUAGAUACUCUCAAGUAGAAAAAACUUGUUGUGCUCUAGCUUGGGUUGCUCGACGUCUAAGACAAUACAUGUUGUAUUAUACCACAUGGCUCAUUUCAAAGAUGGACCCCAUAAAGUACAUUUUUGAAAAGCCGUCUCUCUCGGGUCGAAUUGCAAGGUGGCAGGUCCUCUUGUCCGAAUAUGAUAUUGUUUAUGUGACUCAAAAGGCUAUUAAGGGGAGUGCUUUGGCCGACUACCUAGCUCAACAACCUAUAAAUGACUACAUACCGGUAAAGUUCGAUUUUCCAGAUGAGUAUAUCUCCACCAUAACUGCAAGUGAGGAAAGUUUAGACCCGCAAACUUGGACCAUGAUGUUUGAUGGUGCCUCUAACGAGUUAGGUCAUGAGAUUGGGGCUAUUUUGAUAUCACCCAAAGGGGAACUAUACCCUCUUACCACUAAAUUAUGUUUUGACUGCACACAUAAUAUGGCCGAGUAUGAAGCAUGCUCGAUGGGCGUCCAAGCUGCUAUUGAUAUGAAGGUUAAGAAAUUUAAAGUUUUUGGGGAUUCUACGCUAGUAAUUCAUCAACUAAGAGGAGAAUGGGAAACAAGAGACGUUAAGUUGUUGCCUUACAAACAACUCAUAACAGAAUUGUCACAAGAAUUUGAUGAAAUCUCAUUUGAUUAUUUGCCAAGAGAAAAUAAUCAAGUAGCAGAUGCAUUGGCCACAUUAGCGGUGAUGUUCAAUUUAGAACUCAAUGAGGAUGUACGUCCGAUUAAAGUUGGGAGGAGAGAUGUCCCAGCUUCUUGUAUGAGCAUUGAGGAAGAACCCGACGGUAACCCUUGGUUUCAUGACAUCAAGCAAUAUAUAAAGAGUAAAGAGUAUCAACCAAAUGCUUCAGAAAAUGAUAAGCGCACCCUUCGCAAGUUGGCAAUGAAGUUUUUCUUAAACGGAGAGAUACUGUACAAGAGAAACCAUGACAUGGUUCUCCUAAGGUGCGUCGAAGGAAGAGAUGCCAAUAGGAUUAUGGAAGAAGUUCAUGAAGGAGUGUGUGGCACUCAUGCAAAUGGACACAUGAUGGCUAGACAAAUUUUAAGAGCUGGCUAUUACUGGCUGACUAUAGAGACAGAUUGUAUUAAAUAUGCAAGAAAAUGUCACAAAUGUCAAAUUUACUCGGAUAAGACUCAUGCUCCUACUUCUCAUUUGCAUACUUUGACAGCUCCUUGGCCUUUCUCUAUGUGGGGCAUGGAUGUGAUAGGACCUAUCGAACCUAAAGCAUCAAGUGGGCACCGAUUCAUUUUGGUAGCCAUAGAUUAUUUUACUAAAUGGGUAGAAGCAGCUUCUUACCGAGAUGUGACAAAAGGAGUUGUAGUCAAAUUCAUCAAGAAGAAAAUUAUUUGUCGUUAUGGUCUUCCUGAAACCAUAAUUUCCGAUAAUGCAAGGAAUUUGAACAACAAAUUGAUGAGUGAGCUCUGUGAGCAGUUUAAGAUCAAACAUCUCAACUCAACCCCUUAUCGACCUAAGAUGAAUGGUGCAGUAGAAGCCGCCAACAAAAACAUAAAAAGAAUAGUUGAAAAGAUGACUGUAACUUACAUAGACUGGCAUGAAAUGCUUCCAUUUGCCUUACAUGGUUACCGCACCUCAGUCCGUACUUCAACUGGGACAACGCCAUUUUCUUUAGUUUAUGGUAUGGAAGUUGUUCUCCUUAUUGAAGUAGAAAUUCCAUCAUUGAGAGUUAUCAUGGAAGCUAAGUCAAGGGCUGAGUGGGUCCAAAGACGUUAUGAGCAGCUAAACUUUGUAGAAGAAAAGAGGUUGACGGCAUUAUGCAGAGGACAACUUUAUCAAAGAAGAAUGAUGAAAGCCUAUGACGAGAAGGUGCACCCAAGAAGGUUUAGAGAGGGAGAUUUAGUUCUAAAAAGAAUUCUCCCAUUACAGAAAGAUCAUCGAGGCAAAUGGACCCCGAAUUAUGAAGGACCAUUUGUCGUGAAAAAGGCUUUCUCCGGAGGAGCACUAGUUCUGGCCAACAUGGAUGGCACUGAAUUUUUAAAUCCAGUCAACUCAGAUCAUGUUCGAAAAUAUUAUGCAUAG